AUGUCUAUCACGUCCAUUACCUGGAAUGGACGGGGAAUGGCUAAUAGGGCCACUCUCGCUCACCUUCGCUCUCUCAUUCGUGAUCAUAGAUUGGAUUUUCUCGGCUUUAUUGAGCCGAUGAUUCGCACCCCUGACUUUGACUAUUUCUCACGUCGUCUUGGUUUCCAUUCGGGCGUGGGUAACAUUUCUCAUAAGAUCUUCUUCUUCCACUCGCGUGACUACACUUGUCGGGUCCUCCGGGACACCGAUCAGGUGCUUCAUGUCGAGCUUUCUGCUGCCCAUCUCCCUGAGCCCAUAUUUCACACUUUGGUUUACGCCAAGUGUAAUAGAGUCGGGAGACACGAUCUGUGGGACACCCUGCGUGAGAUUGCUGAGAGUGUGGAGGGAUUGCCAUGGAUGGUUAGUGGCGAUUUCAACAUCUAUCUGCACCCCGAUGAGCGUGUGGGUGGCCGCACGGACCGGUCCCGGGAGAUGUGUGACUUUGCUCAGACUGUGGCGGACUGUGAGUUGAUAGAUGCUGGAUAUGAGGGGGAGCCCUUCACGUGGGUUAGGGACGACCUCAAAGAGAGGCUCGACCGUGCUUUGGUCUCUGAAGCGUGGUCGAAGGUGUUUGCGGUCACGACCGUCACGCAUCUCACUCGAUUUGGGUCUGACCAUUCACCACUCCUUAUUAGGUGUCGCUUCUCGAGCACUCCCCGCCGCACUUACUUUAGGUUCCAGAACAUGUGGGUUCGCCACCACUCUUUCCAUGACAUUGUCAGGGAUUCCUGGCUUCAACCAACUGGGCUCUUCGGGAUGCGCAUUCUCGAAGCUAAGCUUGGCAGAUUACGGCGUAGGUUGAGACAGUGGAACUGGGAUGUUUUUGGAAACCUCCAUCAGCGCCUUUCUGCGGCUCAGAGUGCGCACGUGGAGGCUGAGCGGGCCUAUGACCUGGAUCCCACUCGGGAGAAUAGGACUGCGAUGCACCGCUGCCACGCCGAGUACCAGCUCCGACUCCUUAUGGAGGAGGAUUUCUGGAAGCAGAAGGCGGCCGUUCGCUGGGUGGCAGAGGGCGAGCGGAACACUAGGUUCUUCCAGGGCUUCGUUAGACAGAAGCGUGCUAAGUCGUACAUCUAUAGUAUUGAGGCAGAUGGGUCAUCCCUGACCCAGGAGUCUCAGAUUCGGGAGUCGGCUGUUGCUCACUUCCAGACCCUCUUCACCUCUGACAGAUGGUCCCUCAUUGCCCUGACCGUCUCUCUCUUCCCUACCAUCCCUCCUUCGGUCGACCUUGUUGACCUCUGUGAGCUUCCGAGCAGGGAGGAGGUUAGGGAUGCUGUUUUUGGGAUUGAUCCCAACAGCGUUUCUGGUCCCGAUGGGUUCUCUUCCCUCUUCUAUCAGGUCUGCUGGGAUAUAGUUGAGCCUGAUGUUGAGGAGGCGGUAUUGGAUUUCUUCACCGGUCACUGGAUGCCGGAUUCUUUCACGGCUACCUCUGUCGUCUUGACUCCCAAAAGACCCAAUCCGAGCUCUUGGUCCGACUACAGGCCCAUCAGCCUGUGA